AUGGAACACAGCCAGGAGCAGGGGGAACCGGCACAGCCAGUGAUGGCGCUUGCGAGGAUGCUGGAGGGGAUGGCAGCAAUGCAAGAGAGACAGGCGCUGAUGCACGCCGAGCAACUUGAAGCUCUGCGAGCACAGACAUCCCUGCAGACGCAGGCUCUACUGCAGCUGGCUGCUGCGGGAGAAACCAGCUCCCGCGAGCGACAGAACAAACCCCCCGUAGCUCUUCACUUGCCGAAAAUGACCCCGGAGGACGAUGCUGAGGCAUUCCUGGAGGGGUUUGAAGUGGCAGCGAAGGCAAGUCAAUGGCCGGAGGAGGAGUGGGUCGUCCGCCUCCUGCCCCUCUUGACUGGGGAAGCCCAACAGGCGGCGCACAGCUUACCCCCCACCGCGCGGGCUGUCUACCAAAACCUAAAGAAGGCGGUCCUGGACCGCCUGGGGUACAGCCCGGAAGAGCACCGGCGGCGGUUCCGUCAGACGGCUCUGGCAGGAGAGGACCGGCCAUUCGCCUACGCCCAGAGACUGCUGGAUAUGGCCCGACGGUGGCUCCGACCGGAACUCCGGUCAGCCGACGGAGUGGUAGAGCUGGUGACACUGGAACGAUUUAUCGAUGGCCUCCCGGGGGAAACAGCGAACUGGGUGAGGUGCCAUCGACCGACCGGGUUGGCGGCCGCCGUCACCCUGGCGGAGGACCACCUGGCGCUCUACCCCCGCGGCCAGUCCCAGCACCAGCAGCAGCAGCAGCAGCAGCAGCAGCAAGGACGGGCAGACACGGCUCCGCGCCGAAGAGCCCCUCCUCGUUCCCUUCCUCCCCCCCUUCCUUCCUCCCUUCCCCGUGCCCAAACCCCCUCCUUUUCCCGUAACAACCCUUUUUUUGUUUCCCCAGCCCCAGGCUCAGUGGCGGCGGGGUUCGAACCACAGAGAGCUCCUCAGACGCCCGGACCGGGGUGUUGGCGGUGCGGACAACCGGGUCACCUGCGCCGAGAGUGCCCGCUCAUGGAGGUGGGGCAGGUGGUUCGUGUUGUCGGCCCGCCCACCUCCGCUCCCGACCCAGACGGAGCGUACUGUAUUCCGACCGACGCGUCGGACAGAGGGCUGGGGGCGGUUUUGACCCAGCAGGUGGAGGGAGUCGACCGCCCCGUGCUGUACAUUAGCCGAAAACUAUCACAACGGGAGGCGAAGUACAGCACGGUGGAAAAAGAGUGCCUCGCCAUUCGGUGGGCGGUCGGAGCCCUCCGGUAUUACCUUCUGGGUCGCCCAUUCACCCUCUGUUCGGACCAUGCCCCCCUCCAAUGGCUCCACCGCAUGAAGGAUACCAACGCCCGGAUCACUCGGUGGUAUCUGGCUUUGCAGCCUUUUAACUUCAAGGUGAUCCAUAGACCGGGUGCACGGAUGGUCGUGGCGGACUUCCUCUCUCGCCCCCAGGAGGAGGGGGGGGGGGGGGGGGGGGUUGGUCAUCGGCCGGAUGGCUCCCCGGCCUAAGUCGGGCGGUGGGGGUAUGUGGUGGAGUGGGCGUGGUUUGAGCGUCGGCUGCAGAGAGAGAGAGAGAGUGAGAGGAGCGGCUCUCGGACCCUUCGUCACAACUGUCAGCUGGAGGUAAUCAGCGCCGAUAAUUGUUAAUUGUUUAAUUGCGCUGAUUGCCUCUGAUUGCUUUCAACAGUGAGCCUGGGGUUUUUAAAAGCACGACCGGAAGCCGGAGGAGAGGAGAGACGCGCCGGCGAGAAGACGGCGAGAGAAAAAAGCGCUCUUGAUUGCUGUAACGGAGAAAAGCCACGGGCUUUAAAUAAAAUAGCACGCGAGUGCUAC